AAACACUUACAUUCUUCAAUCCUCAAAACCCCUUAAGAGACACAAACUUCAAGUUCAAGAUGGUGAAGCAAUUAUCAUCAGUCUAUACCAUUUUGCUUUCUAUUCUAGUUGCCUCAUCACUACUGGUCAAUGCAGCAGUUGACCCUGUCAGGGCCAGUGGACAUGAACCAAUUCUUGAGAUGUACAUGCAUGACAUUCUUGGGGGAAGCAACCCAACAGCUAGGCCUAUAACUGGCCUGCUAGGCAACAUCUAUGGAGGUCAAGUGCCCUUUGCAAAGCCAAUAGGGUUCCUUCCACCACAAGGUGGUGUCCCCAUCCCUAAUGCCAAUGGUGCCCUCCCUACUGUCAAUGGCAUCAAUGGGAUCCCUCUUGGAACCGGCUUGUCGGGCACAACAUUCUCGGGAAAGCCCAUCGGGCAGGCCCAAACACAGUUGGGGCCUGAUGGGCUGAGCCUGGGCUUCGGCACCAUCACCGUCAUUGAUGACAUUCUCACCACAGCACCUGAGCUAGGGUCACAGACUAUUGGUAAAGCACAAGGAGUUUAUGUGGCAAGUUCAGCAGAUGGGUCAACACAGAUGAUGGCAUUCACUGCUAUGAUUGAAGGAGGUGAAUAUGGUGACAGUAUCAACUUUUAUGGUGUGUUUAAGAUUGGAAGCCCAAUGUCACAUUUGUCUGUGACUGGAGGGACUGGGAAGUUCAAGAGUGCUAGUGGUUUUGCUGAGGUGAGGUCACUAAUCCCUCCUGGCCAACAUGUUACUGAUGGUGCAGAGACUCUGCUGAGGAUCGUUGUCCAUCUAAGCUAUUGAUGAUGAUCAGACUUUAUGGAAAUUUUAAACCGAGUCUUAUUUGUUUGAUUGAAGUGUAAAC